AUGACGCCGGCGAGACAAACGGUCGCACUCAUAUCUGGUGCCAAUACGGGCAUCGGGCUUGCCGUGGCAACCCAGCUUACCAAAGUUCAUGGAUACCAUGUCAUCGUCGGGUCGCGAAAUGCAGCCGCAGGUGAAGAAGUUGCUGCUGGUCUGAUGGCGGAUGGAUUUUCGGCUUCCUCGAUCCAGCUUGACCUCUGCUCAGACGAGUCGAUUGCAGCAGCUGCGAGCUGGAUGGAGCGCAAGUUCGGCGUAUUGGACGUGCUGGUUAACAACGCGGGAAUCCUGAUUGAUCAUGUCCCCGGAAUCACCGACGCCUACAGAGGUCUGUCGACGCGAGAGCUAUUCAACCAGACUUUCAGCACCAAUGUCAUUGGAACGGCCUGCUUGACCGAGGCGUGCUUGCCGUUGCUGCGCAAAUCCGAAUGUCCACGCCUUGUCUUUGUCUCAUCACGCAUGGGAUCCCUUUCCGAGGCAACAAAUAAGUCGACGUCGUACUACAGCAUUGACUACAAGGCAUACGAUUGCAGCAAGGCCGCUCUCAACAUGUUGGCUCUCAACUAUGCCAGGAUCCUCGAAGAUCACGGUGCCUUGGUGAACGCCGUGUGCCCUGGUUUGGUCAAGACCAAGCUCACUAAUAACUUAAUGGGAUCAUCGACAGAAUUGGGAGCACAGAGGAUCGUUGAAUUGGCGACCGCGGCGAAGGGAGGUCCAACCGCGACUUUUUCUGACCGAGACGGUAGCAUUCCUUGGUAG